AUGUAAUACAAUUAAUAUGUUUUGAAUAUCCAAGAAGAUAUUAUUAAUGACAUAAAUGAUGCUGCCAAUAGAAUAUAAAAUAGUGUUGUAAAUAUUAAAGAUGAAAUUAACGAAUAAGAAAAUAAGAUUACAAAGUUAGGUGUAGACAUAGGUAAAACUGAAAAGAAGCUGAAUUUCGUUUAAUCAAAAUUGCGUGAUUUACUAAAAACUAAUGGUAUAAUUGGUCAAUAUGCAAUUCUAGAAUAAAGUCAGAUCUGUACAAUUCUAAUACUUUUUGGAACUCUUUGUGCUUUGAUUUUUCUCUUGUUUUUUACUUGA